AUGGAAUUUGCUUUAUCGAUUGAUAUUCUUCCCUCAGAUGGUAUACUCCGAUGUGGGACCUGGUCAGAAGAAGAAGGGCGACCCGAGGUACUACCUGGACGACAACAAGAGGACACGAGGAUCGGAAGAGAUGCGAUAACCCCGGGACAGGCUGUCAGUGCGCACUCUAUCGGAGGAUCUGGUGUGUGCUGUGGGGCAGGGCGCGGUUCUGUAUGUACCGUAUUUAUGGCUGCUCUAUCUGCCCCGAGAUUGCAGUCUCUUCUUCUUGUAGCUGGAACUCCAUUACUAACAGUAUACCAGCAUCUAAUUGUAGCAAUCCAAAGCAAGGUCUUCAGGUGGACUGAUCCUACUAUUCAGAAGGUUUAG